ACAAAAGUAAGACUUUGAAUGCGACAGUGAAAGUACACUCAGUUAACUUGUAUUUCAGUACUUUUGCUUAUGUCUGCGUUUAUCUUCAGCCACUGAUUCCCAGACAGACAUUGGGGAUCAUGUGAUCUGUUUAUAGUCUUUCUAAUACGCUAAGUCUUGAAGUCUAUAUAACAUGGGUAUGGCACUGCAGCGGCAACAGUAGUAGUAGUAGUAGUGGGCGUCGGACAAGGCUAGCCCAGCAGACAGGGGGAUUUUGAAUCCACUCCUUCACCUUCACCGUCAUCACUGCUGUGUCCUCAUCUACUCCAUACAGACACAACUUGCAAGGAUUUGCAAUGGCAGCAGUUUCUCCACAUAGACACUUCUCUGUUCUUCUUCUGAUGCUUCAUUUCCUGACUGCGUCACCCGCCACUCAAGAUGACCUUGUAAUCACUACUGAGACUGGGAAAGUCCAAGGGAAGAUAAUUUCAGUGCUGGGUGGUGAGGUUAGGGCAUUUCUUGGAAUUCCUUUUGGAAAACCACCUGUCGGAGAAUUAAGAUUCAGAGCUCCGGAGCCGGCAGAGGCAUGGGAAGGGGUGAAAAAUGCCACCAAAUUUGGAAACAGCUGCUACCAGAUCCCAGAUACAUUCUAUUCAGGGUUCAAAGGUGCAGAGAUGUGGAAUCCAAACACUCCUCUGAGUGAGGACUGUCUGUAUCUAAAUGUCUGGUCUCCGCGUGCCAAUAAAUCUCAGUCCCAGCCCUCAGCACUGGCACCUGUCCUUGUCUGGAUCUAUGGAGGUGGAUUCACUGGAGGAACCGCCUCUCUGGACCUUUAUGAUGGCCGCUUCCUGACUCAAACUGAAAAUGUUGUUGUAGUGUCAAUGAAUUACAGACUCGGUGCUUUUGGUUUCCUGUCCCUUCCUGACAACAAGAACGUCCCAGGAAAUGCAGGUCUAAAGGACCAGCAGUUGGCCCUCAAGUGGGUAUCCAAAAAUAUUGCUGCUUUUGGAGGUGAUCCUUCAAAGGUGACUAUAUUUGGGGAGAGCGCUGGGUCAGGAUCUGUGGGCUUCCACGUGCUGUCCCCUGGGAGCCAGAAUUAUUUCCAAAGGGCUAUAAUGGAGAGUGGAGCUCCUAAUGCACCCUGGAGCACAAUCAGCAAUAAAGAGUCCUGGGCCAGGGCCAAGAAGCUGGCGACAUCACUGGGGUGUUCCACUAAUCCAGCUGAAAUGGAAGCUUGUCUGCAGAAGGCUAAUGCUGGAGACAUCGCAUUGAAGCAAUUUGAUGUUCUAUCACAGUCAAUCUUAGCCAUACCGUUCAUCCCUGUUGUUGAUGGGGACUUCCUACCAGAUAAACCUGAAAUACUUUUGAGUUCCAGUAAACUUCCAAAGAAAGACGUGCUCCUUGGCUUAAACAAAGAUGAAGGAACCUACUUUCUAUUGUAUGGAGCACCUGGAUUUAACAUCACUGGUCAGAGUCUCAUCACCAGGGAUCAGUAUCUGCAAGGAGUGGCCCUUUCAAUGGCAGAUGCAAGUAACAUCACAAGAGAAAUGGCCAUUUUCCAGUACACUGACUGGGCAGAUAAGGAUAACACAACGAAAAACCGGGAUUUCCUAGGUAGUCUGGUUGGAGACCAGCUGUUUGUUUGUCCUGUGUUGGAGUUUGCUCAAAGGUACUCACAACAUGGUGCUAAGACUUUCAUAUAUUUCUUUGACCAUCAGUCAUCUGUCAACCCUUGGCCAGAAUGGAUGGGUGUUAUGCACGGCUAUGAGAUUGAAUUUGUCUUUGGAAUGCCUUUGAAUUCUUCCCUGGGAUACACAAACAGUGAAGUGAACAUGACCAAGAAAAUUAUGAAACACUGGACCAACUUUGCCCGAACAGGGAAUCUGAAAAUUGAUGGAGCCAACUGGCCUGCAUUCACCCCUGACCAACAGCACUAUGUCACUCUGAACACCUACCCUCCACAAAAAAAGACAAUGUUGAAGGCUCACGAGUGUCAUCUCUGGACCAAAUUACUACCAAAUCUACAGAGAGCUUCAGAUGAUCUCCAGGCUUGCGUAAAUGCGAAUUGGAUUAUACGCUGUGAUUACAAAUUCCUGCUCAUUUUACUGGUCAAUGUUUUCCUGCUUUACUAGAGCGAAGACACCAAUCUUUCAUACAUUUUACAUAAACAAGUGGUGGAUAGUGGAACGAAUGAACUAAAUUUGGUCUUUACUACUAUUGUAAACAAUUUAUUUGAUAACUGCAUUAGUCAUCUUUUCAGAUGAAUGGAUUUUUACCAUAUUGAAUUCAGCAGCAGAAGAUGUUUAUUAUAUUACUCAACCAUUAUUACUAAUGUGCAGCAUUUACAUAUUGUAGUUGGGUACUGGGUGGAUAAUUGUUACAGCUUGGGUAUAUUAAUCUGUACUGAUGCAUCUAUUUUAGAAACUAAUCACAUGUUUUGCAUGUUAAAUCUUAUUUUAAAAAGCAACCAGUAACAGUGCCCCUUAUAAGUAAAUAUGGUGAAGUAUAAAUAUUUCACAUUAACAUGUAAUGGAAGUAUAAAGUAGCAUAAAAUGGAAAUACUCAAGUCCCUCAAAACUGUACUUAAGAUGUGAAUAUAAGGUUGAUUUACACUGUGGUAUUAAAUAAUUCAAUAAAGUUAUUUUUAUGUACCAUGA